CAGUUGUCCUGCUGUCACAGUUGCUUCUGGAUUCUACAUUGUGCGGAUCUCUUCUUCACACUAUUAACAUGGAUAUGAAAGUAAUCGUAGUUUUCGCUCUGAUGGCGGUCUUCAUUCAUGCCCCCAUAUCAAAUGCCAAGCCUAUCAGCCUGGUGGAGAGAUGCUGGUGCCGUUCUACAGUCAACACAGUCCCUCAGAGGAACAUUCGUGAGCUCAAGUUCCUGCACACACCAAACUGCCCCUUCCAAGUCAUUGCAAAACUGAAGAACAACAAGGAGGUGUGCAUCAACCCAGAGACCAAAUGGCUUCAGCAGUACCUUAAGAACGCCCUGAACAAAAUGAAAAAAUCCCAACAACAGAGAUAAGACGUCUGCCAGAUGAUUUGAGAAUCUGACAGCCCACCGUCACAGAUAUGUACCAUAUAGUCCUCUGGCAUGCUUGCUGACUCAGCACUUAACCUGCCAAAUACGCUUCUCCUGUAAUGACUCAGCGAAAGACCACCAUUGCCACCCAUGUAGUCUCUUCUGUUAGCGCCAAGUGCAAUUAUAUAUAUGUAUGGCUGUGUUUUUAUACGUAUGAUAUGUAUAUACAAUGUUUUUUAUAUCGUCUUGAAAACAGUAAAGAGAUAUUUUUGGAGAUGUGUUUGCUCCUUGUUUGUGUUGUCACGGUGGGUUAGGAACAGCCGCAUGAGAAAUUCUUGCGGAGCAAACACUUAUAAUGCUCACUACAUUACAUAAAAGGAAUCUGUGACUGUUCACAUUGACUGAGCCAGAAGCGUUUGACGGAGAGGAAGGGCAUUGAUCUUUAAUUACUUCAUGAUGUAUUUUAUUAGUUACGUAGAUAUCUGUAUCAGCAUAAACUGCAUGUAAAAAUUGUAUGGCAUUUAUGGAAAUAAGUCAGACGUGUUUUUGUUCUUAGAAAAGGAGGGUUAUUUUACAAAACAAACAAAAUAUUUAGACUUUGCAUGAACAGUUUCGAAUGACUUUGUGGAAGGCAUUCAUGCGGCAGUAGAGAGGUAAAAAGGCGGCAGUAAAAAUGCUUUUUGGAAUGUGUAGGCACCAAAACAUCUGGGCUUAUUAAUUGACCAUUCAGUGUGUGCGUAAGAAACUCGGCAUCAAGACAUACUAAUCGUUAACCAUGACGUUCAGCUGAAUUAUGUAAUAAAUGAAAAACAAAAAUGGGGCAGUUGUGUUUCAAAAUGCCCAAGUCAUAAGUAAGUGAACCAGGAAAAAGCAAAGAUUUUACAGAAUGUACAGCCCCGUUCUAGAAACGUAAAUGUUAAUCCGUCAAAUGUUGAAAACUAAUUGAAAAGCGUGAUUACAUUUAGAAAAAUUUGCAUAGUUAAAAAUCUGACUACCAACAUAUAACAAUGCACUUUAUAACCACCUGUGACCAUUUAUAAAAAGCUGAUUUUGAAUGACGUCCGCUACAUAGUAAUUCGUGUAAGCGCUCAGUUUUCUGUGUUUAGAAUUACAAUAGUUAUGAUUGUAUUGCCAAAUUUAUUAAACAUUUUAUCUUCAGCAUCA